AUUUUCGACGGACCGCUUGUUUGUUCGCUUUUGUUUCCGAUGGGAAGUUUUUUACAGAGGUACCCACCCAAGGCGGAAGUUUCGGAGGAUUCGGUUUUGUAAACGAAAAUUUCGACAAAAUCAUCGGAACGAUGUAAAAGACGGCCAUGAUGGACCUUUUGCGGUUAAUUGAUGACCUUCAACUGGAUGACAAAGUCCAGGCCUUGCCCUCCACGACCCUCCCGCCAAUCACAGCACUUUUGUCCAAACUGCAGCGGCGUUUGAUCGACCGACCCCCGGAACCCGGCGUUCUUAUCGAUGGAGUCGCUAGCUUCUUCAGAGCCGCCGACCAUCACUGGCUGUUCGACGCAGACGCCGAAGGCGUCGUAUCCGCGUACGUCUCUGUCGUCCGCGCUCUGAUCGGCUGCGCCUCUCUGCCGCCAUACGACCGAGCCCAGGGAGCCCCGCCUGAGCACUAUGCAAACGCGCCCAUCCUGGCCACAGGCGCGUGCGCUGCUCUGCAAGCUCUGCUGAGGAAAGCGGACGUCGCGGGGCAGGACGAGCGUGCCCUGGCGGUCACGAUGGCCGUGGCGCCGCACGUUUUUGUUUACACUGUCACGCAUGCACAGGAGCAGCCGUGGACGAGCGUCCCGUCGCGACAAGCUGCUCGUCGUCUUCAGUCAUUGUUAUUUCAAGCGGGAGGAUGGCGAGACUCUGCUCACAUGCUGACGGGGGAAUACGGUGGCGAGGGGCUUUUGGGGGCGGUCCUUGAUGUCCUUCAGCCUCAACUGACGAGGGAGGCGUGGCAAUGGUGCGACGAGGUCAAGUUUGUGUUUGCGUGGACACUCUUCCAAGUGCCGCGCCCGUUUUUGGCCCCUCACCUGCCCCGCCUCCUCGGCCCGGCACUUCUCCUUAGCGACCACCAUGAGGCCGACAAGUCCACGCUGGGAGUUGGCUGCCUGCACCACAUUGUCAGCAACACGGCUGCCAGCGAGCUGCGGGCGCUGAAUCGGGCUCACGUGAUGUAUGAUGCGCUGUUCAAGCAUCUGUACGGCACGCACGCCGGCGUCAUUCAGCUGUCAUUGCGCUGCCUGUUGGACCUGCUGCCGGUUUUGGAGAGCCCGCCCGCCUCGGUCGCAGCACCCCCGGCCCCCAGGAGGGCGUGUCGCCACGACGACGUGCUGCGGCUGCUCCUCACGCACAUGGAAGCCGAACACAAGGUGGCUCUCAGGAGAGUCUAUGCGCAAGAACUGCCGGCGUACCUCCAAAAAAUGGGCGUGUGCGUGUGUCGCCACCUUGGUCGUCUCACUCGCGUUCUGCCAGCUUACCUGGAGGUCAGCGACGGCCCCGAAGAGGUCACGAGAAUCAACGUGCUGCGGGCCCUCGAGAUCAUCUUGACAGCGGCGUGGCCACGGUUAGCGACUGGCGUUGGAACAUGGCUGCCGUGUUUGCUGCGCCUGCUUGUGGACACGACGUCGGAUCCCCUUCUCUCUCCUUGUGUCGCACGUCAGUUGACCCAACGAGUCGCCCGCUGUCUCACCUUGCUGGACGCUGCCCUGCAAGGUGGCCUGCAGUGUGCACUCAAGCAGGUGGACACGAGCUGUUGCACGGCUGAGGUUGCAAGUUGCCUAGCAGUGGUCACCACAGCGACAGAGAGCCAUUCCCAUUGUCACGGCCACAACUUCAGUGAUGCUCCCGUAUGACUUCUUGCUUGCUUUCAAAAUAAAUGUCAAAAAUGAAUGUCUUACAUGUUUUUUUUGGUAUAAAUGCUGAUUAAUUAAAGCAACACUUUGCAGUUUUUCUGUUUUGGUCGAUUUUAGCGACACCGGUGGACAGAAGUGGUAGUGUUUUGCCUUAAAACAGUUUCCCAAGAGGACCAGCACAAACCCGAACAAUGUCGUAAAAUCAUCAAUGAAUCAAAAAUCAAUCUCCUGGUCGCAUGCAGAUAGAUUAAACAACAGCGGCUGUGUGA